AAAAAAAAAAAAAAAAAAAAUUGUCAUUUUAACAACUUAAUUAUUUUGUUAAAAAAAAUAAAUUGUUUUGUUUAUUUAAUAAUGGGAAGUCCAGAGCGCGAAUUAUGCCCUCCACCCUCAGAAGAAGAUGAUUUAACACUACCCAGAGCCAGCAUCAACAAAAUGAUAAAGGAAUUGGUGCCAUCAGUCCGAGUAGCAUUUGAAUCUAGAGAAUUGAUAUUGAAUUGUUGUACAGAGUUUAUUCAUUUAUUAAGCUCUGAAGCCAAUGAGGUCUGCAACCAGAAUAAUAAAAAAACUAUUAACGCCGAACAUGUACUUACUGCACUGGAUAGAUUAGGUUUCAAUGAUUAUACUUUGGAGGCUGAAGCUGUUCUUAAAGAUUGCAAAGCUGUUGCUGCUAAGAGAAGAAGACAGAGUACACGCCUCGAAAAUUUAGGAAUACCUGAAGAAGAAUUAUUGAGGCAGCAACAAGAACUCUUUGCAAAGGCCCGAGAAGAGCAAGCUAAACAAGACCAACAACAAUGGUUAUUACUACAACAACAAGGACUUGUUGGUACUGAAGGUACUCCACAACCAUAUAUUCCACCACCUUCUGGUAUUAAAAAUGAAGAAGAUGAAGACGAUGACUACUCCUAAAUGCUAUUACAAUCAUAAUUUUUUAAAUAUCAAAAACAAAAUCAGAGAAAUGCAAGAUUUUUCCUUAAUUAUUUCAUUUUAUGUUUCACUGUUUAUUCUAAAAACAAUUAUGUAAUGUAUGAAGGAUGUAAAUAUAAAAAAUACUAUAAUUAUAUAUGUAAUAGAAAACAAUAAAUGUUAAUAAUUGUUUAUUUAUUUAAAUAAGACAUAAUUCAUUGGAGGCUGUCACCUACCUACAGAAUAUGUAAAUUGUUUAAUGUACUUUAAAGAUAAACAGUAUCAUAGAGAUUACACAAUACACUAUUAAUGUGUAUAGUAUCCCUAAAGUAUAGCUUUUCCUAAGUACUAAAGUGUUAUAUAUGACCUAUUUCUUAAUAAAUACAUCUAAUUUA